AUGGCUCCAAAAUCACCCAUCCCAAAUCACAUGGAUACGGCGGACGCUUUCCAACCUGGUUUCGGGCGAUAUACUCGUCUCGGACCUCAAAGUCUCCUCGAAAUUUCCUGGCCUCUGCGACUUGAGAAGCUCACCGAUCCUUCUUACGUUGGCGAGCCGUACUUCACUCUGGAGGAAGCAGAUACGAUCAAGCAUACCGUCUUUAACAAUGGAAAUCUGUUCACGCUGUAUCUCGAAGACGAGCUUAACCAAAGGCUCACUCGACGCAACAUGAAACGUGUUGAAAGCGGCAACUUUCAAGUCUGCACUGCUCACGAUCUGGCCCUUAUAAUCGCUCAGGCACUAGGUAUGGACCUAAAGCAGCUAGAGAAGGACAAGAAAUUUGCAGGUCUUGUCGAGAUAAAGGGUCUUCUCUUGGAAAAACAACGUUGGGGUGGCUUGCAAAAAAAGAUCGCUUUCUCCUAA